ACCCCGGUAGCGGAAGCGAUUGAGGAGCCGGCCGGAAGCGGUGGUUGUCAGUGGAGACGCAGGCCGGCUGGCUUCGUUCUUUCUCCCGCCCGAGGAUGCGGGUUCUCCUCUCUCCCGGGUGGAGACUCCGGCAGCUGCUCUGGGUGACUUGGCUGAGCGGGAGCUUCCUGGCAGGAGCAGCAGCAGAGGAAAAUGCUGACCCACGCUCUGAAACUGCCCGACCUCUUAGCACAGAAGGUGGUUCUGCCCUUACUGGAGAGCUUCAGGCGCCAGUGCAGUACAAGACUGCAGAAAUUGCUGAUGCAAUGCUGGGUAGUGGGGUUCCUGCUGAUCAGUCUGUGGUGUUGUCAGUGAUUCCGGGAGAAGCAAAGGACAGGCACAUGUCUGAAUUUGAUAUUGGCACCUGCGAUGCAGCAGUAGAAGAUGCUGAAUGUAGUGUGGGGACUAGCCUUGCUUCUCACUUAUCACAGUCUGGUUCCCAUGUUCAAGAACAAGCAGGAGACUCAAAUGUAGUGCUAGAGGCUGUGCCUGCUUCACCAGCUGAGGAAUCUAAUAGCACAGACAACAUGAAAACUCCCAAAGUGAACUGUGAGGAAAGAAAUAUUACCGGGAUCAGAAACUUCACGCUACAAAUCCUGAAUGUUUCGCAAGACUUGAUGGAGUUUUUAAACCCAAACAGCAGUGACUGUACAUUAGUCUUGUUUUAUACACCUUGGUGUCGCUUCUCUGCCAAUCUGGCCCCUCAUUUUAAUUCUUUGCCCCGAGCAUUUCCAACUCUAAACUUCCUGGCAUUGGAUGCAUCUCAGCAUAGCAGUUUAUCAACCAGAUUUGGAACUGUGGCUGUUCCUAAUAUCCUUCUUUUCCAAGGAGCCAAACCCAUGGCCAGAUUUAAUCAUACAGACCGAACCCUGGAAAUGCUGAAAGCAUUCAUUUUCAAUCAGACAGGAAUAGAAGCUAAGAAUGAUGUGGUGGUAACUGAGGAAGACCGAGCAGGCCCUCUACCGAGUGUCCUGACAAAAGGAAUAGAUUGGUUGCUUUUAUUCUCUUUAUUGUUUCUGGUUAGUUUUAUUAUGUAUGCUACCAUUCAGACUGAGAGCAUUCGUUGGCUAAUACCGGGACAAGAGCAGGAGCAUCAGGAAUAAGUGAGAUCAUGACGGGAGAACAGACUUCAUGCCUACAGAUAAAGCAGGAAUUUAUAUGAACUGAAAUUGCAUAAACUUGUACAGUGAAUCAGAUGGUUGUAAUUUAUAAUCUUAUUAGUUAAAAAUCACUUUUGUUCAUUAACUACUGUAUGUGUAAAGUCAAACUGCUGGUAAUUAAGUAAACAAAUACAAAAAAGUUCAGUAGAAGGGUUUUUAUUUAUUUAUUUAGGAAGUAUUAACAGGCUUACGAAUCCUUGCUGUGUAAAUAUCAGAAAACAAUUAUUAUGAAGAUUGUUUUUUAAUAAACUGACUUUUUUAGAAAUAAUG